GACCUACGUAGCACACACAACACGGAAGCACUGGAUUAACGUCCCGUCAGCUGGUCAACCGGGAGCUCGGCGUUCGCGUCAAACAAGGUCUCCCAUGUGAACGGUCCGGGCCCAGAUGGGAGUUUUUACGUGACGGUGCUCAGUCAGUCGGUCCCGUCGGCACUCAAUGGAAGCUCCGGUCACAGCCCACCCUACUCCUCCUCCUCCCAACUCCUCCCCGGCGGUCCCGAUGCCCCUGCAUCCGGCCGUCGCCCCGUCGGUCCAGCUGGGCUUCACCGUCCUCUACACCGCCCUGUACGGCGCUCUGUUCCUGGCGGUGUACGCGCAGCUCUGGCUCCUCUACCUCUCCAGACACAAGCGGUGGAGCUACCAGAGCGUCUUCCUGUUCCUCUGCCUGCUCUGGGCCGCGCUCCGCACCACCCUGUUCUCCUUCUACUUCUGCGACGCUCUGGAGGCCAACCACCUGACGGCUGCAGUCUACUGGCUGCUCUACUGCUUCCCCGUCUGCCUGCAGUUCUUCACUCUCAGCCUCAUCAACCUGUAUUUCACUCGGGUGCUCCUCAGAGUGAGAGAGACGUACCGCUCUGACGUGGACAGAGGAGUGCUGUUGGCGCGGUGCGUGUACGGCGGCCUGAGCGCCGUCUUCCUGUGUGUCAACGUGGCGUGCGCCGCCCUCGAGGUCAGAGGCGGCGGCGGCGGCGAGUCGGGGAAGCUGACCUGGAAUCUGGUCUUGGUCCGAGUCCUGGUCAACGACCUGCUCUUCAUCCUGGACGCGGUGCUGCUGGCCGCCUUGCUGCUGCUGCUGACCAGACACUCGCGCUCCACCAGCCCCUACCUGGUCAGCAAGGGCACCACGGUGUGCCGCACAGCGACCCUGGGAGUAGCAGUGAUCCUGCUGUUUGCCAGCCGCGCCUGCUACAACCUGACGGUGCUCAUUCUGUCCCAGAGCCGACGGGUGGAGUCGUUCGACUUUGACUGGUACAACGUCUCUGACCAGGCUGACUUGCAGAGUGAACUAGGCGACAGGGGCUACAUGGCCUUUGGCGCCAUCCUCUUCAUCUGGGAGCUGCUCCCAACCAGUCUGCUCAUCCUCAUCUUCAGAGUGCGCCGGCCGGCUCAAGAGACCGGCAGCAUGGCCGUCAACAACAGGGCCGUACCUCGUCCCUAUUUCUUUGAUGACCCUCAAGGCAGCGAUGAACACGGAGCGGUGCCCUGGGCUCGCGGUUCACAGCCACACUCGAGCUGGUACGGCGCGGAGACGGCUCCUCUGCUGUUUACCAGCAACCCUCCAGACCAGAACCACCAGCACCACUCGUUCUACUCCACCCCCCAGAACUGACCUCCACUUCGCCCCCCCCCAUGGGACUCGUCUCAAGGGCAGACCGCCCCCGGCUGCCAGCCGGUAGAACCCUCCCACUGUGGACGUUUUUUUUUGCACUGAAUACCUCAGGAAUUAAUCAACAACCUUGUGAAUAAGCACCUUGUAGUUUUGGAAAAGAGAAUAUUUGGAUUUCUUUUUCUUCUCCUUUUUGGCUCAAAAAGAACAAACUUGGUGGGAGAAGAGCCACGACAGACAGAACACUGAUCAGUGAUCUUCUUGUAAACGAUAAUGUGUUUAGCUUAUUUAAAAAUAAUUCAUUGUUUUAUCGUUGAUGAACUAGCUCUUACAAUUACCUGAACAAUUUCAACUUUUUGCUUCGCAAGCAUUCCUCAUUACACUAGAAAGGUGCACUCAGAAGACUGCAGAUCCCUGCCAGGUGGUUCUGACCCCCCCCCCCCCCCCGCUCUAGACAUCAACGGGUUAUAAGGCGUAAUCAAACACGCUUAAAAUAAAUUAUUAAUGCAGAUAAUUCUUCCCAAAAAAAAGUAGACUGUCGCACAAGUGGUGGUAGUGUACCGGUAGUUCAGUGAGCUGUUAAUUCUCAAACGAUAUUAGUGUGCAGCCUGUAAUCUCCUCACCUAUUGAGAAAUAUAACGGGGUUUCCUGCAGCAGAACGCAAGAUUAGCCGUGGACAGAAACAGGUGCACACUCGCGACUAAUCGCAUUAUCCCCCUGGCUGAGGUAAUAACUCGGUUCAUAAGCCUUGGAAACGACCACGGACCAAUAUUACUGUAUUAAGCGUAUAUGAAAUAUCGAUAUUAUCAAUGCGUCACUUUUGGUAUUCCAUUUCUUUAAGACCAGUAAAUUACUAAAUAAUUCCGCAUCAGCAGGUUGUCUCUUCUCAUCUCGCAGACACAUCACUGCAGGCAUUCGCUGUCUGCCAUCUUGUUUCGUAUGUCUCUUUUGCAAAGAGUUUAAUCAUUAUUUUAAUUUAAGUUGCUUUUGAUUUCUUAUUUCCGUCCCGUGUAAUUGUAUUUGUGUACUUAACUUAUUUUCAUAACUAUUGUCCUUUUUUAAUUGGAGCUAAAAAUCAGAUGUGAUUCUCUCGUCUUUACUGGGAUGAGGCUUCCUCGAUAUUUACUAUGUAAACAUUGAACCAAUAAACAAAACCUAACUGAG